AUGAAACGUUUCUAGUUUCUUUCCUGCCAAACGUCAAAGGAAGUCAUGCGACUUUCUGACUAAGCUUCCAGGCAAAUGACGUUCUAAAGUCCGAGCAACGACAAGUGAAUGUUGCCAUGGUUUGCGGCCGCUUAAGGACGGGAAAGUCCUACCUGAUGAACUGCUUGCUUCGACACCCUUGCUUUGCCGUUUCAUCACAGGCGCGCAGCUUUACGAAGGGUGUGGAUUUGUCGUCCAGGCUUGUUGAUGUAGAAGAGCUGGGUGGGAAGAAGGGCGGGCCGCGAGUUGCUUUCGCGGACCUUGAGGGGCAAGGCGACAAAGGAUUGGCGCAAGACUUGAAAAUUGCAACGCCUUUGCUCAUAGUGUCCAAGGUAGUGCUACUGAUGGAGGUUUGUCCCGGUGGGCCUUCAUCUGAAGCAAUUCUAGAGUCACUGCAGCUGUUGAUGAUGGCAGGCAAUUGCAUUGCUGAACGCAAGGAUCGGCGAGGCCUGUUCGGCUGUUUGCACAUCGUUCUCCGCGACUGUGCACAAGAUGAGGCCGAGUGCAGGAGCAUUAUUUUUGACAAAGAGGAUGAGGUUAAUGCUGAGACAGAUCAACAUGCCGAGGCGAUGCAAAAGCGCAACGACAUCCGAAAGUCCAUCGAAAUCUCCUUUGAGGCAGCGCCCAAGGUGUGGUGUGUGCCCAAGCUAGCGGAGGAGCUGAAGUGGGGCUUUGACCGUCUCCACAACUGUGCAACCAGGGUAGUCCAUCCUGUAAGAAAGCCGGGUAUGCUGUUGGUGAUUGAUUACUAUAAACACAUUGUGCAGAUUUGUGCAGAACUUUUCGCUUUUUCUGAGGCGCUUUCUUCAGGAUGUGUGCAACUAGUGCUCGCAAGGAUGUGGCUCCAGAUGACUACACGAAGGCCAACAGGGAAGGCUUUCCUGACAAGAUCGAUGAAAUCCGUGCUACACUCAACUGUCCAACUGUCAGUGAACGUGUACAGUGUACAGCGAUGGACAGCACGCAUGCACACAAAUUCCUUUGUUUUUUCACAUAACUUUUGCAUUGUGUGAAGGGUCAUCCUUGUGUGCAUUCCACUACGAAACGGCAGGCCUUGAGGCCACUAUAGCUUUUUUGUUUUGUUGUUGUUUGUCUUUUUUACUAUAUUGUAGUCAUGUUGGGUGGAAUGAUGUUUUGUGCAAAGCAAGAGGUAAACCAGCUUUGCGUAAAAGGACAGUUGUACAAGUGGUCAGCUGCCACAGGUUUUUGGUGUCAGUCAUCUUGUAGAACUGCAUGCUCUAUCCAAGAACCAUUGUGUAGUGCUGCAUUUUUCUUGGAACCUCAGGACAUGUGGGGGAAGGGUGUCGGGCAAAUCAUUGAGAGUUUGCCGAUGGAUUCUGCAGAUUGAAGCUUUGGUUUCCAUCCCGGCACUGUGAGCACAGUUGUUUGCCUUGAAGGGGCCCUUCUGUAACUGAGAGGCCCAAGGCCACGCAUUUUGUACUAGUAACUAGCAUCAUUUUGUACAGUAAGUGACUUUGUGACACCUUGCCAAGCAGAAGGGAAGGGGUUGAGGAGAUACUGCUGCACCACAAGCGAUACACCAAGAUAACGUCAGACUACAAAUGGCCUCCUCUGACUAUCUCAGAAAUUACAACACGGCAAGUUUUAGGGCAGCUCUUCAAAAUGCCCGGCUCUGGGCCUGUCAGAUAUAGAAGGACCCCUUCAAGCUUGGAUGCUUUUGAAAGAUAACUUUUCACAUUGUAGAUGCAUUUCUUGGAGAUGCUUUCACUUCGUGCCAAAGUGGGCCUCCCUCAAAUGAUCUACAAAUGGGCUUCCAAGGUCACCCCGUUAUGCACAAGGGAUGAAGGGAGUGAGAUCUAGGGUUUGUAUGGCAUGGGAUGAGAUACAAGCGAAACGAAGCCAAAACAGACAACUUGCAGAACAGCUUUUGCGCGUCCUCACGCACUUAAGGCAACACUGUCGCUCAACAGCUUUCGGUGCGCGUCUAAGAGCGUUGAGAAUGUGACGGCCUGCGUUGUACGUGUCCAAGGAACCGAAGCUUCUAAACGGAAGGCCGCCAUGAGCUCAGUACUGCCCCGAUGUUUUUUUCAUAGCCAUAAGCUAUCAUAUGCUAUCAUAAGCUCCACAGUUUGGGCAGAUCUCCCUUAUCGCCUCCGUGGCCAAAAAUCCAAGCACCUGCUACGACCAGAAGUGCGAACUGCACUAAGGUUUUUUUGUUUUUAACUAUGUUUUUUUACUUUAUAUAUAUAUAUAUUUAACAUUAUAUAUAUAUUGGCUUUUGGUGUUUCAAACGUUUCCCAGCAUCGGAAUGCAA